AUGUUUAUGAUUUGGGGUAAGUAUUAUCAAAGUGGAGUGCAAUCUGUAGACACACAAAGCCUCCUUGAUUCUGUAAUUAUAAUGAAUAAAAGUGUUAUAAGAAGAAUUUGUGUACCCACCUACGAAGUAUACAAAACUUAUUGGCAUAAUGAUCCCGAAAUAGAGAGACAUUAUUGGGCAGCAUCUUUUGUUCUACCUAUCGGCACUAUUUUCGUUCUUGCUCUGGUAGUUCUUUUAAUGGUUUUAUUCAAAAGAUGUCCACAAAUGGUCGCCACGAUUGUCGCAUCGAUUCUUUGCGUUAUUAUUAUAUUUACGGCUCUGGUAUCGAUUAAUCAUGCUCCGAUUUAUACUUGA